GGAACCCACAUGCGGACACGAGACCACCCGCCGCCUCGCCCUCGCCAUCUCAUGGCGCUGCCACCGCCGGUCGGCCGUCGCCAUCGUGCAGCCUACAGUCGCCGUAGCCUAGCCGGCGCCGCCACUCUCAUGCCCUCGCGUGGCUUCGCCACCGCUGUACGAGAGGCCGCGGAGGCCGUCGUCGGCCCUCUCUCAGCCUUGAGGGGUGCUUCAGGGCCGGAUCCUCAUCGUUCGCCACCGCCUCUAUCGCCACUGAGCACGGCGGCAGGAGCUUCAUGGCGACUGGGCCCUCCACCUCGUGCUAUCGAGGGCAGAAGCCAAGAUACUAAUAAAUUUGUAGCUUGUUGGGUUGGACAGCUGCUUGUAAAAGCAGCAGUUGUUGGCUAUGCAUGAGCACAGUGAGUCUGGGAGAGAAAGAGCAUCUGCAGCCACUGCAAGAAUCUACUACCGAACAGCCUAGAAUGUGGCAAUGCCAAUCUGAAAAAUGUUAGCUACCAAAACGGCUUGUUAAGUGUACCUUGCAUGGCUUAGCAGAAAUCAGCCUAAAAUGUGACAGAUUAGCAACUUGUGAUUGUUCUGCUCGUGGAAAUUUAUCAUUUUUAUAGGUAGAUAUAUUUCAGUUCGCAUUGCUAGAGCUAGGAGGGUCUAAUUUGUUAUGUGGAAUUUUAAUUUGUUUAAUGUUGCUAAUGGAUACAAGAGGAAAUGCCAGAUCUUGAGUCAUUGUUGGAGUACAAUGAAAUUGUUAGGAAGAUAUUUGGUACGAAGAAGAAGGAUUUUAGUUCUAUAACAAUUAUGGUUUUGAGAAAGGAUAUAGCGUGAGGAGAAGUUAUUGUGAGUGGGACAAUGGCCAUAAUGAGAUGACCCUUUGGAAGUUCGUUUGCAGAGGGCGAUUAAGAAGCAAAAGCCGCAGAAUAUUAGCCGUGUUAGAUAUCUUGCUAAAUUUUUUAUUGCUCAAGAUCAGAUUAUAGAUAGGGCAAUGGUAUGUGAAGGAUUUCAUCGAUGAACACAACCAUCCUUACAUUCCUGGGAUCCGCAAACACAAGAUAAUUGAUGUUUUGGAAAUACAGUAUGGCGGGUAUGAUAAGGUUGGGUGUACAACAAGGGACUUGUAUUAUUUUUGCCGUCGCUAUAAGGCGAAGACAAUUGCUGCCAAUGACGCUCAAACAAUCAUCAGUUACUUGAGGGAACUUCAACGCAGAGAUCCUGAUUUAUUUUUCAAGUACAUGGUUGAUGGCGAAGAACAGCUGAAGGGCCUAUUCUGGGGUGAUAGCCAAUGUUUGCUUGAUUAUGAAGCUUUCGGUGAUGUUGUUGUAUUUGAUAGCACCUACAAAACUAAUCGACACAACCUACCUCUUGUUCCUUUUGUUGGGGCCAAUCACCAUCCAAGCACAGCUAUUUUUGGAUGUGAAAUUAUUUCUCAUGAGAAUAUUG